UGCUUUUAUUGUUGGUUCGUUAUUCUUAAAUAAUAAUUUCAAUAGCGUUAUUAAUAUUAAAUAAGUAAAAAUUAUAGUAUUAAAAGUUUUUAAUUCAAAUUCAAAAAUCAGUGAUUGAUAAAAAAUAUUAAGUUGUUAGAUUUUGCCAAAAUGGAUAAUGGUAAUAAUAAAUAUUCGAUAGUAUGUAAAAAUUUUUACGAAUGGGAAAUAAAAAAUUUUAAUGAGCUGUCAACAAAGAAAGUAGAUCCUUAUCAUUCAAACAGUUCAUUCGGCACAUAUAUAAUUCAUAAAUUUUCAUUUCUGAGAUCUAAUUGUAAAUUUAUAUGGCGGUUAUACUUGUACUUUAACAAUGAUGAAGAAAAUGAAAACAAAGACUGGAUAUCAAUGUACUUGAAAAUGGAAUCAUCGUAUAAUCGAAAAAUUGAGAUGCAAGGUUUAUUUUUUAUUGUGAACAAUGUCACCAAAGCCCGAGAGUAUAUUAAAGAAGUAAACAAGACAUUCGAAUCAGGUAAUGUUCGUGAAGGAUUUGACCAGUUUAUUAAAAAAGACCAACUGAUGAAGCAGAAAGACAAGUUAUUAACAAAUGAUACUUUGACUGUGGGUGUUGAGUUCACUAUCAAUCAUGAUAACUUCAGAAGCAUGACUAUGUUAGCAAAAAACCCGAUCGCUGAGAGCAUCAAAGCGCUCUAUGAAACAAGAAGAGGAUAUGAUGUCAUCAUCACUGUACAAAACCGAAAAUUUAAAGCUCAUAAGACUAUUCUGAUUGCUCGCUGUCCCGUAUUUUCGGCCAUGUUCGCUAAAGUCAUAAAAGAAGGCCACGAAUGUCAGUUGUCUAUUACAGAUAUCGAAGCUAAUACGUUUGAUAAGUUGUUGGAAUUUAUUUACACAGACGAAGUAACUGACUUGGAUACCGAUGCUAUAGACUUGCUAGAAGCUGCUGAGAAGUAUCAGCUAAGGAUGCUUAAAGAAAUGUGCGAAGUAUCAAUCUUUGAAUGUUUAUCAAUUGAAAAUUCUGUCAAGAGUUUGACCAUCGCCGAACGUGUUAAUUCCAAAAAUUUAGCUCACGAAAUAUCCCAUUUUAUUGCUGAAAAUGCUGCCAGUGUCAUUGAAACUAAAGAUUUCGCUAAUUUUGAAGAGGAAAACCCGUCAGUAGGCUUGAUGAUGUUCAAAUAUUUGGCAGAAUGCAACAAGAAUAAAAAUUUUUAAACUAAAUCUCCAAGAUGAAAUUAAUUAUUUAAAAAUCUUCCGUACACGAAAUAAAAAGUUUAACUGAAGGAUCAUUACUUAAAU